GAUCUUUGUUCUAAGAGGGACCACAGAAAGCAUGUGACUCUUCUGCCAUCUUGGCCAGCUUAUCUCCCUUUGGCAAUUCUUUUAGACCAUGUAUACUGGCUACACAUUUUCUUAGGUUUUUUUUUUUUUUAAAUUCCUGAAGGGUAUAUACUCUUGAAAUAGAAUUCUGUGUUGACUGUCUUUUCUUUCAGCACUUUAAUAAUGUUAUUCUACUGUUUUCUAGACUCCAUAGUUCUGAUGAGAAACCCACAGUCAUUCAUAUCCUACAAACUGCGGCCCAUAGGCUGACCACCUGUUUGUUUUUUCUAAAGAAAGUUUUAUUGGAACAAAGCCAUGCCCAUUUGUCUAUAUAUUGUCUGUGUCUGCUUUUACAGAAUGACAGUUGCAACGGAGACCACAUGGCCUGCAAGCCUAAAAUAUUUACUAUUUGGUCUUUUAAGAAAAUGAAUUGGCCAAUCCCUGCCCUAUAGGAUGAUUGAGGAAAGUGGGAACAAGCGGAAGACCAUGGCAGAAAAGAGGCAGCUGUUCAUAGAAAUGCGUACUCAGAAUUUUGAUGUCAUACGAUUAUCAACCUAUAGAACAGCUUGCAAAUUACGAUUUGUACAAAAACGAUGCAACCUUCAUCUUGUUGAUAUCUGGAACAUGAUUGAAGCCUUCCGAGAUAAUGGCCUUAACACACUGGACCAUAACACUGAGAUCAGUGUGUCCCGCCUUGAGACUAUCAUCUCAUCCAUCUACUACCAGCUAAACAAACGCCUUCCUUCUACUCACCAGAUCAGUGUGGAACAGUCCAUCAGCCUCCUCCUCAACUUUAUGAUUGCUGCAUAUGACAGUGAGGGCCGAGGCAAGUUGACGGUAUUUUCAGUUAAAGCUAUGUUAGCAACCAUGUGUGGUGGAAAAAUGCUGGACAAACUGAGAUAUGUUUUCUCCCAGAUGUCAGAUUCCAAUGGCUUAAUGAUAUUUAGCAAGUUUGACCAGUUUCUGAAAGAAGUUCUGAAGCUCCCAACAGCUGUCUUUGAAGGGCCAUCUUUUGGUUAUACAGAGCACUCAGUCCGCACCUGUUUUCCACAGCAGAAAAAGGUAAUGCUGAAUAUGUUUUUAGAUACAGUGAUGGCGGAUCCUCCUCCCCAGUGCCUUGUUUGGCUGUCUCUCAUGCACCGGCUUGCCCAUGUUGAGAAUGUCUUCCAUCCUGUGGAGUGUUCCUACUGCCGGUGUGAGAGUAUGAUGGGUUUCCGGUACCGAUGCCAGCAGUGCCACAACUACCAGCUCUGCCAAAAUUGCUUUUGGCGCGGCCAUGCCAGUGGCCCUCACAGCAACCAACACCAGAUGAAGGAGCAUUCCUCUUGGAAAUCCCCUGCAAAGAAGCUGAGCCAUGCGAUUAGUAAAUCUUUGGGGUGUGUACCCACCAGAGAGCCCCCGCAUCCUGUUUUUCCUGAGCAACCAGAAAAACCACUUGACCUUGCACAUAUAGUUCCUCCUCGCCCUCUGACUAAUAUGAAUGACACCAUGGUUAGCCACAUGUCCUCUGGAGUGCCCACCCCCACCAAGAGGUUACAGUAUAGCCAGGAUGUACCCAGUCACUUGGUCGAUGAGCAUGCGCUGAUAGCCUUCUAUGUGGCCCGUCUGCAGCACUGUGCACGUGUCCUGGACAGUCCUAGCCAACUGGAUGAGGAACACCGGCUUAUUGCUCGCUAUGCUGCCCGGCUGGCUGCAGAGGCAGGAAACAUGACCCGUCCUCCCACUGACUUGAGCUUUAACUUUGAUGCCAACAAACAACAAAGACAGCUUAUUGCAGAACUGGAAAACAAAAACAGAGAGAUCCUGCAGGAGAUUCAGCGUCUGCGCCUGGAGCACGAGCAGGCCUCCCAGCCAACCCCUGAGAAGGCCCAGCAGAACCCCACGUUGCUGGCAGAACUGCGGCUGCUGAGGCAAAGGAAGGAUGAACUGGAGCAGAGAAUGUCAGCACUACAGGAGAGCAGGCGGGAGCUGAUGGUUCAACUGGAAGGGCUGAUGAAGUUGCUGAAGACGCAGGCCACAGGAUCACCACACACAUCACCCACUCACGGAGGCAGCCGCCCAAUGCCCAUGCCAGUCCGUUCCACAUCCGCUGGCUCCACCCCCACCCACUGCCCCCAGGACUCCCUGAGCGGGGUUGGAGGAGAUGUGCAAGAGGCUUUUGCGCAAGGUACGAGGAGAAACCUCCGCAAUGACCUGCUGGUGGCUGCUGACUCCAUCACCAACACCAUGUCAUCCCUGGUGAAGGAGCUGCAUUCAGCAGAGGAAGGUGCAGAGGAAGAAGAAGAGAAGAUACAGAAUGAGAAAGACAGAGGUAAAGGCAGCUCAACAGGACCCUAGUUUGUAUGGGGAGCCAAAGCUCUAGCCCAUGAAUGAAACCACCCUCUCCCUUUGUGUCUGCUUGGCUUCCCUCUGCCACCUUUUCCCAAAGUUAUCA